AACACCCUGCAUCGUCAGGCAAGUCAAAAUCGCCAUUACUCCAUCCAAUUUCCGUGGAAGAAACCGCCGCGGAAGCAAGCAGAGGUAGGUAGUAGCACCACAAAGAUGGUGGCGAAACAAAACACGGCUCUCACAUGCUAUGCACGUGUUGCAAUCUUCCUCUGCGCUCUAACCCUAUCAACUUCCCUCCACCGAACCUCUUCCAACCACGAAACCUUGAUUCAAGACGUAGCUAGAAAGCUCGAACUCAAAGACAAUGACCUUCUAAGCACAGAGAAGAAGUUCAAACUUUUCAUGAAAGAUUACUCCAAAAAAUACUCCACAAGACAAGAGUACCUACUACGUCUUGGAAUUUUCGCUAAAAACAUGGUGAAAGCCGCGGAACACCAAGCACUUGAUCCCACCGCCAUCCACGGCGUUACACAAUUCUCUGAUCUCUCCGAGCAGGAGUUUGAAAGUUUCUAUACCGGCUUUAAAGGCGGAUUCACAUCAAGUAAUGCCGCCGGCGGAAUAGCGCCUCCGUUGGAUGUAGAAGGCUUGCCAGAGAAUUUUGAUUGGAGAGACAAGGGAGCUGUUACUGGAAUCAAGACACAGGGUAAAUGUGGAUCUUGUUGGGCUUUUAGCACUACAGGAUCAAUAGAAGGAGCCAAUUAUCUUGCGACCGGAAAGCUUGUGAGUCUUAGUGAACAACAACUUGUGGACUGUGACAACAAGUGUGACAUAACUACGGAAUCAUGUGACAAUGGUUGUAAUGGAGGUCUUAUGACAAAUGCCUAUGAUUAUUUGAUUGAGGCUGGUGGAUUAGAGGAGGAAACUGCAUACCCUUACAUUGGUGAUAGAGGUGAAUGCAAGUUUGAUCCAAACAAAAUAGCUGUUAGAGUCACAAAUUUCACUAAUAUCCCAGUGGAUGAGAAUCAAAUUGCUGCAUAUUUAGUUAAUCAUGGCCCACUUGCAAUUGGGUUGAAUGCGGUUUUCAUGCAAACAUAUGUUGGUGGUGUAUCAUGUCCUCUAAUAUGUAGCAAGAGAAGGUUGAACCAUGGUGUAUUGCUAGUAGGAUAUAAUGCACAGGGUUUCUCCAUUCUUAGGCUUCGGAAGAAACCGUAUUGGAUCAUCAAGAAUUCGUGGGGAGAACAAUGGGGAGAAAAAGGGUAUUACAAGCUUUGCAGAGGGCAUGGUAUGUGUGGAAUGAACACAAUGGUUUCUUCUGCCAUGGUGGCUCAAAUACAACCUGCUGAAAACAAGUCCUAUGCUUCGUAUUAGCUACCUAGUUCUGUUUUCGCCUUGCUAUGGAGACAGAAAAUGUGUGGAGUAUUUCAACAAGUUCUUAUUAUAGGAAAAAAUAGUUCCUAUUAGGUGACGUAUGUAACAUUUCACUAGAUUAUAAUAAGUUUGCAUCUCCUAGUUUAGUUUAAAUUCCCUCCUAAGAAAAAAAAACAUUUUGAUAUGUAUUGUAGUGUAUGUUAUGUGAUAUGAUUCUCUUUUCAUAUUAAAAAUGGUGCAUUGAGAAUA